UGCCCCCCCAUGUGGUCGAAUUAAUAACCGCACUAUAGGAAAAAAUGGCGACCUCCAUGUUUGUACGGUGUCAAUGAUCAACUAACGUUUGCACAUGUUAUUGUCAAAGGACCCGGAUAGUCAAACGAUAAGAAUUAUAUGGAGCGAAAUGCCAACUUGGUAUCCAUCUUAAACGACAACAGAGUUGCGUGAAAACGGCAGGGGCAUGUCCAGGCUAUGUGUGGUGUGUGGGGGCUCCAGGGGCAUUGGCAGGGCUGUAUCAAGGCUGCUGGCAGAGAGAGACUGCAGGGUUGCUGUGGUGUCCAGAAACCAGGAUGCUGCUCAGGCCACUGUGGUGUCCCUCGCUGGAGCUGACCAUAUGGCCUUUAGUUGUGACGUCUCCAAAGGAGAGGAAGUUCAGAAUAUAUUUGAGACGAUCCAGAAGACCUGUGGAAACGUCUCAUACCUGGUCAAUGCAGCUGGUAUCAACAGGGAUGGUCUGUUGCUGAGGACCAGGCCCGAGGACAUGGUGGCUCUGCUUCAUACCAACCUACUGGGGAGCAUGUUGACAUGCAAGGCAGCGCUACGGAGCAUGCUCCACACCCAGGGAGGGGCCAUUGUCAACAUAGGCUCUGUGGUGGGGUUGAAGGGGAACGCAGGUCAGUGUGUGUACAGCGCCAGUAAAGCAGGUCUGGAGGGCUUCACUCGCUCCCUGGCCAAGGAGGUGGCCUCGCGCAAUGUCAGAGUUAACCUGCUGGCUCCCGGUUUCAUUCGAACAGACAUGACAGUGGGGCUGAGGGAAGGGGAGGUGGUGCGGACCAUCCCCCUGGGGAGGUUUGGGGAGCCUGAGGAGGUGGCCAAGGCUGUUAUUUUCCUCCUGGAGUCUCCCUACAUCACAGGACAGGUGCUGGUGGUGGACGGAGGGCUGCAGCUGGCCAUGUAGGGAGGCCCUUGACCCCUCUAUAUACACCUAGUGCCCACUAUACCUCCUAACACUGUCAGCUGGUUCCAUGUUUCACGAACUGAGAUCCCAGAAAUGUUCAAUUUGCACAAAAAGUGUAUUUCUCUCAAAUGUUGUGUGGGCUUGACCUUGUAAUAGUCAGGGCCAGAGAUAUUUAUACCUGUGUAUGGUUCAUGUAAUACUGUUGCCACUAUCUGUACACAGUGCUGAGUCACAGGGUACUGCUCCACAUAGCUCAGAGGGGGUGUGAGUGACAGUUUUUCAUGACUAACACUGCUGACUCCACUGUGUCUGACUCAGUCUGGCCCUCCACGCUCCUGAGGCCUUAACUUUGAUCAGCAGAUUUAAUGCUAUUACUCUUUCCAUGACUUAUAGGCACCUAGUGCUGACCAAAGCUCUCAUGUUUCACUCUCCCACUCCCCUGGGGCACCGCGACACAGUGCAGGCCCCAACCGCCGCCCCCCCUUGAGCCCAGCCCUGGAGGGGCCCAGAGAGGGGGUAUGGAUGGGGUCUGACUGCCUGCCUACAGCUGGAGGGGAUUUUUAGCCCAUGGAAUGUUUUGAGGGUCCAGUUACAGCUCAGGAUCGGUGGUGCAAAUGGAUGGGGUCAGAGGUAACUGUCAUGCUCAGUGUGGAGAUUUGAAAUGCUGUGAUCUCAUCUGUUAUUUCCUCCAGUGGAGAGACAUUUCACCUCACUGGAGUGUGCUGCCCAGUCCCCUCACACACACAGCUCCAGGGUGCUCAACAGUCACAUAUAGCUUUCAUAGAUCUGGGGCAUCUGCACUCAUCUGCUGUCUAUCAUGUGACCUAAGAUCAAGACAAUGUAAACUAGGGAUCAAGGUCAAAUCUGAUAAGAAUUCUCAAUAAAGAAAGGCAUUUCCCCUGUGAUGAA